ACUUCAGUUUAUUAACUUUUGAUUCUCACCUCUACUUUUUGUCUUUUUCCCAUUCAUGUUCCUUAAUCUUAACAAUUCAUUACAGAGUACUAAUCAAGUCUCCCUUUUAUUGUCUUUCUCAGUUUCUUGCUAGCUCCUCCUAUCCGAUCCUCAUGGAUUUCAUCUUUACCUUCUUUUUCUUCAUUUCUUUCUUCUCAAUCUCUCCAUCCACAACUACAGCCUCAAACUGUCCACCAUUAAAAUGCAACAACAGCUCAUCAUCAGAAGAUCUAACCAUCCAACACCCAUUCCACAUCCAAAACCAGCAACCUCAAGAAUGUGGGGUCCCAGGUUUUGGCCUAAACUGCAAACACAACAUGACCACUUUGCAUUUCCCUUCUUAUGGAGACUUAGUUGUGAAGUCAAUCUCCUAUGAUGUCCAAAGGGUAGAUCUCCUGGACCCCAAAAACUGCGUUCAUCAAGUGUUCUUGAACCUCAAUCUCUCUCAUACACCCUUCACUUACUACUACACCUUGAAGGAAUACAAAUACCUCAAGUGUUUGGCAGAGCUCCCUGCUCCUUACCUUCAAGUCCCUUGCCUCAGUGUUUCUGGCUCCCAUUUUUACAUUGUGGAGACAUGUAUGAGUGUUCCAACAUCUUGCCAACAUGUCAAGACUCUGCCCAUUCCAUUCUCGUAUAGUCCUUACUUGAAUGAUAACAGUUUUGGGCUGAGAUUGACUUGGAAGAUGAGUGGUGCUGAAGAAGCAGGCCACCAUGGGGGAAUGUUCAUCAAGAUUGCAGCUUAUCAAGUGUUGGUGGUUGCCAUGCUUAUAUUGGUUGCUAUGGUGGUGUUAUAUUAUGUGAGGACUUCCAAGUCCAAGAAAUUAAUCUCAGAUGAGGAGAUGAAGAUGGAGAAUGGAGAUGAUGAAGUAGUGAAGGUAGAAGCAUUGCUAGGAGAAUAUGAAGCUGUCUCCUCAAGCCCGGCCUAGGGGAUCGGAGACUCAAUGUUUCAUGUCAAGCUAGUUGAUGACUCACCACAUAAGGGCAUGAGACAAACAAAUUUGGUCGAGUUUAAAAGAAGACGAAGAAAUACAUAUACCGUUUAAAUUUUUGCAAUACGUUUUACAUGUAAAUGAAUACAUAUUUGUACUUAAUUCAAAUACUUUAUGAUUGGUAGUUGAUACUAAUUUAUAAAUUCCACACUUGGCCUUAUCAUACCCAUGGCCUCAUGUACUCACUCACACAUUUGGUCGAGUUAAUAUAAAUACUCACUGAUGCAAAUUAUGUGUGUGAGCGUGAAGAAUGAAUGAAAAUGAUGAGCGUAAA